GAAGCGGGUGCACGGCAUCCACUCCUGUGACGGGGACGCGCACUGCUAGUGGACGAGUAGUGGACCUGAGUGAGUCACUCCCGGAGUGCACACCACGAACACACCUCCGUGCUACUUUGGAGUGAACAUACAUCAGAAAGUUGUUGAAAGAAAAAAACAUUUGGCGGACUUGUUAUGAGAAAGUUUAGAUCUGCAUGAGAAGAAGACGACAUUGGGCUGGAUGAGAAGAUGAGGAAGUUCACGCAGAAGCACACUGUGCUCCUGCUGCUCAUCUUCCUCCUGCAUGAGGCUGAUGGAAGGUUUCCUCACUGCCACUUCGCCUGGGAGAUGAAGAGAGCCAGCGACGAGUGUCAUGCUCGCCUGCAGCAGCUCACAGCGCCCCCCUCAGGAUGUCUUGGCGAGUGGGACAAUGUUUCGUGUUGGGACAGCGCGGCGGUGGGCGAAGUGGUGACCCUCCCCUGCCCGACCCCUCUCCUACACUUGUUUGGAAAGAACGGGAACCUGAGCAGGAAGUGCACACAGGGAGGUUGGUCGGAUGUCUACCCCGUCAUCGCCGUCGCCUGCUCGUCCAACAUCACAGACCAACCCAACGAGCUGCUUUUCUACAAGGUGGUGAAGGUUCUGUCCACUUUGGGCCACAGCUUGUCCCUCAUUAGCCUGCUGACCAGCACCGUCAUCAUCUGUCUCUUCAGAAGGCUGCGCUGCAUGAGGAACUACAUCCAUCUCAACCUGUUUGUGUCCUUCAUGCUGAGGGCCGUGGCCGUACUGACCAAAGACGUUCUCCUCUUCUCGGAGGAGGAGGAGAUCACCGACUGCAGCGUUCAACCUUCGUUGGUGGGCUGUAAGACCAGCCUGGUGUUCUUCAACUACGCCAUCAUGGCCAACUUCUUCUGGCUGUUGGUGGAGGCGCUCUACCUGCACACGCUGCUGCUGGUAAUCCACACGUGCUCCGCCCGCCUCUUUGUCUACAUGCUCAUUGGCUGGGGGAUCCCCUGCGUGUUCACGGUGGCGUGGAUCCUGUGUCGGAUGCACCUGGAUGACACCUGGUGCUGGGAGAGGAAUGAGAGUCCCAUCCCCAGCAGAGUGUUGGACUGGCCCAUCUUGGCGUGUGUCAUCAUGAACUUCAUCCUCUUCAUCAGCAUCAUCCGCAUCCUGGUGCAGAAGCUGCGUUGCACCGACGUGGGCGGCAACGAACAAUCGCAGUACAAGUAGGCUGGCGGCCAUAUUGAAAAGUAGCCACUCUGAGGUCAUACUGCUGGACUUGUGUGUGUGUGUGUGUGUGUGUGUGUGUGUGUGUGUGUGUGUGUGUGUGUGUGUGUGUGUGUUUAGGCGUCUGGCAAAGUCCACCCUCCUGCUGAUCCCCUUGUUUGGGAUCAACUACGUGGUGUUUGUUCACUUGAUGGAGCCCACUGAUAAAACCCUGCGACAAAUCAAGAUCUUCUUUGAGUUGGGGCUCGGAUCCUUCCAGGUCCAGUGUGAGC